UAGAAGAAUCCCAGUGCACACUUGAGUGUUUUUGGAGCUUUUUAAAACGUGUCAAACACCAACACAAAUACCAACUACCCUACGUGCUUCGGACCAACUCACCACUCCACUCAUCAUUUACAUUCUAGAGAGAGUAAAAAACCACACAAUACAAAUUGCAGAGAGAGAGAGAUAGAAGUGAGUCCAGAUUUGUUUCUCUCUACUUUUCUUUCACCAUUCUGCUUUUCCAAAAACACUUUCAGCUCUUUGUUUUGGUUUUAUAUAUUUUUGUUUUUUGCCAAAUAUAACCUCCAAGAUUGAACAAAAUGACAGACAGAGUCUACCCAUCAGCUAAGCCCAACGGCACAACCACCGCCGCCGGAGGCAUCACCACCACCAACCCAUCACCCAAAACCCAGCCCUACAACCCCACGCGCCACCCAUACCGCCCCCAACCGCAACCCAACCGUCGCCGCCGCAGCCGGCGGAGCUGCAUCUGCCGCUGCUGCUUCUGGUCCACCCUUUUCGUCCUCCUCCUCCUCCUCCUCGCCGCCAUCGCCGGCUGCGUAAUCUACCUCCUCUACACCCCCCACCGCCCCUCAUUCUCCAUCACCACCCUCAAAAUCUCCCAGUUCAACCUCUCCACCGCCGCCUCCGACGGCACAACCCAACUCACCACCACCCUCAACCUCACAAUCUUCGCCAAAAACCCCAACAAAAAGCUCAUAUUCUUCUACGACCCCAUUUCCAUCACAUCCCUAUCAAAUCAGCUCCAAAUUGCAAAUGGGUUGUUUCAAAAUUUCGCGAGUUAUCCCAAAAACAUUACUAUUAUUCACUCUGUUCUAUCGGGUAACUCGCAAAUCGUCGAUGCGGAUUCGGUGAAUUCGCUGAGAUUGGAUCUGAAGAAGAAGAAUGGUUUGCCAUUGAAAGUAGUGAUGGAAAUGAAAGUGGUGGUGAAGAUAGAGAAAUUGAAGAGUAAGAAAGUGGGGAUCAGAGUUACUUGUGAUGGAAUUCAUGGUGUUGUUCCAAAGGGUAAGUCUCCAUCAAUUGCUUCUACUUCUGAUGCUAAAUGUAAGGUUCAUCUUCUCAUCAGGAUCUGGAAAUGGACAUUCUGAUCUUCAACUAGAUAGAGAACCUCCACAAAAAA